AUGAUAGUUACUAAAAAAUAUUGUGGAGCGGCUGGUAUUUUUCCAUAUACAGUUUUUAAUGAUAAAAUUUAUCUUUUAAUAGGAUAUGAAAGAAGAGGGUAUAGUGAUUUUGGUGGAUAUAGAGAAGGUAUGAGUGAAAGUACAUUAGAAUGUGCAUGUAGAGAAUUUUCAGAAGAGACUUUGGGUUGUUUUUCAAUGAAUAAAGAUAUCAGAGGUUCAAUAGAUGGUGUAAUCGAAUCAACUAUAAUUAUAAGUAGAAUAUUAAAUAAUAAAGAAUUACAUACUAGUGGGUUAGUAAAUAAAGUUUUAAAUCCAAGGAAUCAAUAUGAAAUGUUUGUAUGCCCAGUUAAUAGAUUCCUCAGACGUAAUGAAUUUAAAUAUACCUAUGAUUUAAAUAAAAAUAAAUCCAUAGAGUAUCAAAUUGAAUGUACAGAGAAAAGAGAUAUCUAUUGGAUUGAUAUAGAUUCAAUUAUUAUAUCAGUUGAAACUGAUAACCCUCAAAUUCGAUGCAACAAAGGUCACGUUUAUAAUUUAUACACUGCAUUCUUUAAUACCCUGAAAGAGCAAUCUUGCAUUGAACAUUUAAAAUACCUAAGAUCAACUUAUCAAAAAGAUACAAAUUUACUUUAUUCCUUAAUCACUGAUAUUUACACUUCACCAAAAUUAUUAAACAAUUUACCAAAACCAUCUUUAAAUAAUAAAAUUAUAAUUAAUAUUGAUGAUGAUGAUGAUGAUGACGAUAAUAAUAAAUUUAAAAAUUAUAAUUCAACAACUACUACAACUACUACAACAACAAAUAUUCAACCAAAUAUUAAACAAAUUCAACAAACCUUAUUUAAUAAGUUUAAUAAUAAAUAA